AUGGGUCGUGAGGGGGGCGCCUACAGGCGUCUCGCUCUGCGGCCGUCGCGGAUGACGGCGACCGCGGCGGUGCUCGGCGUCUCUCUGUUUAACGCUCGCGGCAUUCGUACCGUGAUCGCGCCCCGCCCCGCCGUGACGACGCUAGUGUACAUUGACAAGUACGGCCGCCCCAUACGCAACGGCACGGAGACAGAUGUGUCGCUCAUCCGUACCCGCGACAACAAGUUCUACCUGCAGCGCGUGCUUGAGGGCGGAGAAGUCGUUCGCUGGCGUGCGCCAGGCCUGGAUCACCUGAAAAACGUGACCAACUUUGAAACAUACACACUGAACGAAAUAGACGAGUACGGCGGCGUCAUCAUCCCUGCGGAUGUGAUGCCCACAGCGUCGAACGAUCCGCCGAGCUUUCACGACGCGGUCUAUUACAUUAAUCGUGUGGAGGCAACAAAGAAGUUCACACGCAAAGAUAGGCGUCAAUGGCAUCGACGUCUUUUUGCACAUUGGAAGGAAAGUCCCGAAAAAUUCUUGAAUCACUCCAUUGGCGUUUAUGGAAUACCGUUUGUGCUCGUGCUGUGGUUGGCAAUUCGUGGCUUUCACAGCAUCAAGAACAAUAAACCCUUCUGGGACGUCAACGUCUACGGCAAGACCGAUGAGGAGCGAGAGUUCCAGGACCCGUGGCUGAGGCUCAAACGCUUUUCCGAUCGCCACCCGGAGCACGAGGGUCUUGAUAUGACGGUGACGAUGAUGUCACCUGGGCAGUCGCGUCUGUCCUCCUCGCGAGCAGAACUACGUGAGUCCGACUUCACGGACCCCCACUUUCACAGCGAGGUUUGGUGGAAGCUGCGACACAUGCGGUACUACGGCCACUGGCCGAAAGGUCUGGCCGAGUAA